CCCAAACCAAAACCACUCAAAGAUCGCAAAGCUAGGCCGUCAAAACCGAUUGUACGCCCUCAACGCUCAUACACAAAGAAGAAGAAAGACGAGAUUCUCAUGUGGUUAAUUCAUCAUCGGAUUACGCGCCGUGGUGAGACAAGUCCGCCUUCAAUAAGGGAUGCUGAGCUUCACUUCAAAAUCCCCUGCUCUACGAUCCAAGGGUGGAAGCGGGCUUAUGCCAAAGUCAGAGGCUUGCGCUUCGGUGACUCCAUCCGUUUCGAAUGACGCCAAUAUUCCAAUUGUUGAUUGAGCAUGUUUAAAACAUGUAAAUAUUCAGUGUGCAUAUGUGCAUCUGAAGUGUAGGGAACCUUGAUGAUUGUUGGUGCAAGGAAGUUGGAACAUUCGCAUUACCCACUACUUCGACUUGAGUCCGCGUCUAGGGAACCUCAGCUAGCUUUGUCUAUGGCAAUUCGAUUUUCAGUCUCCAUUUUCGCUUAUAUCGUCA